AUGUUUCUGUCAUUUCUAACCGUCUGUCUAUUUAUAUCACUUGCAACAUCCAUACGACUUGUACCUGGGAACGUUCAUGUCCAAUUAUUAUCCAAUAACCAAAUUUCAAGCAAGACAUAUCGAUCAGGAGCAACCGUUCAUUAUACAAUUGAAUUCGAAAAUGUUCCUAUGGAUGAUAAUGUGAACAUUGGUAUUGAAAUUCGUGGCUCCAAUCCGGCCGGUGGACCUCGUGGUUAUAUAGCAUUAGCACGUAGCGUUAGUUCAAUCAAAGAUUUUGUCCAAGAAACAAAUAACAAACUUCAAUUCAAACUAACGCCCAAUGAAAUCUUUGCUGGUUAUAGCUGGCACUUACGUCCAUUUCUUUUCUAUGAUGAUCAAGCAAUGGGCUCAACGAAUAUGAUGAAUUCGGGUUCAUCGGAAACGUUUCAUGUUCUCAAACAAUGA